AUGAGACUCUCUAUCCUCUCCGUCCUCUCCGUCAUCGGCGCUGGCAUGGUAUCCGCCCUCCCCCAGGACUCCAACCUCUCCAUGAAGCGCUCAGAGCCUGAUACCUCGGAAUGUGUCGGUCCCCUCCUCUGCUGUGGAACUCUCACCACUCCUCUCGACCCCGUUGUCGACCCCCUCUUGCUGGCCCUUGGCAUUGAUGCUGCCAACAUCGUUGGAUCCAUUGGUCUUCUCUGCCACGGCUAUGAGGAAGCUACCUGUCCCACCAAGCCCCAGUGCUGCACCGAGGCUAGUCUCCUGGUAAGUGAUAAUCUUCAACGCAGACUCCUCCGCGGAGAGUGUAUGACUAACUGA